AUGAAGAGAUCAAGUAUAUUUAUACUUAUACUUAUAUUAACAGCAGGGAUAGGAGUACCAGCUGCUUUUUUAUUUAUAAGAGGGGCAAAGAAAAGAAGUAAUAAUAGAAAAAGUGAAAAUGCAGUAAAUAGUAAUACAGUAUUAAAAGCAGAAGAAGCAGUGACAGAACAAGAAGAAGCAAAGCAAGAAAGGGUAAUGGAUGAGCAAGUAAAGAAAGAGCAAGAAAGAGCAAAAGAUGAACAAGAAAAGAAAGAGCAAGAAAAAGCAGAAGAAGUACCAUACAUAGUAGAUGACAUGGGGUUUGUUCGUUUUAAUUCAUUAUUAUCAUCUGAAAGCAGUGUACAUAACAAUGUAGAACAAGAAGAUGAACAUGUAUCAGCACACCACAGUAGCACAGAACAAGAAGAUGAACAUGUAUCAGCACACCACAGCAACACAGAACAAGAAGAUGAACAUGUAUCAGCACACCACAGUAACACAGAACAAGACGUAGAUGGAACUAGUAAUAAAACCACAUAUGAUGUAGAGUAUGUAAGCAGUAUAUUUACUAAACCAUCUGAAGAACCAGUAAAUGAACAAUCACCAGCAGUGACAGAAGAUAAUUUAGACAAUCCACCACUGGUAAACAAAAAGGGAAUUAAGCCAGAAAGUGUAAACACACAAGUAGAGAACGAAAAUACUUCAGUAGAAGAUAAUGCUAAAUCUGGAGGACUCUUUAGUCGUUUAUCCAAUACAUUCUUAAGAAAGCCAGAAGAACUGAAAGAAGAGCCAAUAACCAAAAAACCAGAAAAUUCACCAACGGGAGAAGUAAAACCAGAGAAUAGUCCAAAUCCAGAUGAAGUCAAGAAGAAUGAACCAGCUACAGAACCGGAACCCGAAAAUAUGAAUACUGCCAUUGCAGAAGAAGGCAGUACUAAACCAUCUUCAUUUAUGGGGUAUAUAACGAGUUUCUUUAAUACAUCGAAUGUAUCACCAGAUGAGAAAGAGUCUCGUCAACUAAACUCAGUCACUCCCAGUUAUACAGAGGACAAUGAAUCAGACAAGUUUAUAAGCCAUGAGGAUUCAAGUAUAUCAUCUGAAAUUGUAAAUAACUAUGAACCAUCUGAUAAUAACAAUGAAGCAGAGACAAUAUAUGAGCAAAGCAUUGAAUCCAACAGUGGAUUUGAUUAUGGUAAUUCUAUGCCAUUCUAAA